UUCCGUUAAAGCGACUACCUAUUGAUUUACUUUCGCUCGUCAGAAGGGGGAGACAGAUCACGUGUGGGUCUCUGGGCAAACUAGUCCGAACAUUUCACAUACAGGCUACACACGUUCAGGCAAGUCAAAAUGACGUCAGACAUGAGCAUGACCGAGCGACUGAUGCGACACAAGAACAGGAUUCUGCAGCGACAGGUUGACGUGAAGCUGAAGAUUAUGGAGAAUGAACACAAGGCUGCCCAGAAGGAGAUCCUUGAAUCUCAGAGGGACUGCAGCGUCUUCUUGGCCAACCUCUCCAACACGUGGGUGGGGCUCAACGAGUACGACCAGCCGGACACCAGGGCCAUGGCUAAAGACCCUAGACUGAGGUGCAGGCGAGUGUCCGUGAUGCCUGUCGACGUAAUGGAUAACGACCAUUCCUCGAAUAACGCAGAAGAGCAAAAUGUCUGUCAUCGUCAGAAGAGGAGCUACUCACCGCAAUCUGAAUAUUGUUUUCCAGAAAAACGUGCAGAGAUGACCUGCAUUACUGUCCUUGAUGACAUAUUACAAGCUUACGGAAAGGGACGACGAAAGCAAGAAAGACACCGAAAGAUAGGCAUUUUAAUUGUACCUAACCCUGCCGAUAUGAAUUCCAACAGAACAAUGUAUAAUAUUGCAGAAGGAGUUUGCCAGACCUCUGGUUCUAGUAAAGACAACAGAAGGAGUCGGCCAGUAUCGGGUGUUUCUCAAGGUAUACGCAGAGUGUCUCUAGUCCCAGAUACCCUGCUCCUUCGGUCUAGGAACAGAUCAUCUAGUCUAGCGUAUGGCGACGGAGUAAGUAACAGAAACAUUCAAGACGUACCAGUAAUCAGAAACAUAAUAUUACCACCUCGACCACAAACUGUAUCUCAAGAACGUUUCACUCAUUCCAUACCGCCAAAUAAAGGGAUUUCGAAACGGCCACAGACUGCCGUAACAAUACGCAGGAGUUCCAUUUUUGGACAAGUGGCCAGUGACUUGCCUUGGCAAACCAGGCGGCCGACCAUUGCUGACCCAUAUGCACUCCUUCCCGGUGAGGAAUACGGACGGAAGCGACCGAAAACGGCUCUAACGAAGUACGAGUUGUACGGGCGCUCGCCAGCGGUUGGGCGCACCACGGUGGCUGGGAUCAUGGCUGAGAUGCAGAACAGGCGGUCCGAGACUCGUCGUCUGCUGGAACACAGCAGACAGCUGAAGAACAAGGUCAAGAAGCUGAUUCGUCCUGAAAGACAAUACGAUCCCGAGGAAACCGAGGAACAAUGCUGAAACAUUUUACAAUUUUAAUUAAUUAAUUAUUUAUUACGAAUAAAAUGCUAAUUUAGUUA